UAAAGGUACCUGCUUUGAUCCCGAUCUGGGUGCAGCUGAAGCAUUGAACCCGCCACCCCCGACUCUUGGACCCUCUCUCUCUCUCUCUCUAGCGAUGGAGAAAGCGACCAGAGACGAGGAGAUGCAGAGGCCUCUGGUUUCAUCGCCGUCGCCGUCGCCGUCGAUAUGGAUGGUGGUGAUGAGCACCAUGGUCGCCGUCGCUGGCUCCUUCGAAUUUGGGAUCUCGGUAGGAUUUUCUUCUCCAAGCCAAGAUGGAAUCAUGCAUGAUCUUGAUCUUUCUUUGUCUGAGUACUCUGUUUUUGGCUCAAUAUUGACGAUUGGAGCAAUGGUAGGUGCUAUAAUGAGUGGGCGUGUCGCUGACAUAAUUGGUAGAAAACGCGCAAUGGCAGUAUCAGAUAUCUUCUGUAUCAUGGGAUGGCUUGCCAUAAUAUUUGGGAAGGAUUCUUGGUUGCUCAAUCUUGGGAGGCUUUCAGUUGGAUUUGGAAUUGGGCUCGUUUCAUAUGUGGUGCCAAUAUACAUAGCAGAAAUAACAACGAAGGAUCUCAGGGGAGGUUUUACAACAGUGAAUCAGUUACUGAUAUGUGGUGGAGUAUCUCUUGUGUAUGUGUUAGGGAACGUAUUGCCUUGGCGUACUCUAGCACUUAUAGGAGCUGCUCCAUGUACAUUACAACUUGUUGGACUCGUUUUCAUUCCAGAAUCUCCUAGAUGGCUGGCAAAGACUGGUCGUGAUAAUGAGUUUGUAUCGGCAUUACAGAGGCUCCGUGGCAAGGGUUGUGAUAUUUCUGAAGAGGCUGAUGAGAUUAAGGAAUUCACAAAAACCCUUCAAAGCCUCCCACAAGGCAGGAUGUUGGACUUGUUUCAGAGGCGCUACCUUCGUGCUGUCAUCGUUGGAGUUGGACUAAUGGCUUUUCAGCAAUUUGGGGGAGUCAACGGGAUUACCUUCUAUGCCAGUAAAAUAUUUGUAUCAGCAGGUUUCUCGUCGGGCAAACUGGGAACCACCAUGUAUGCUAUUCUUCAGUUUCCAAUGACUGCAGUCGGUGCUUUCCUGAUGGAUAAAUCUGGAAGAAGACCACUCUUAUUGGUUUCAUCAUCUGGAACGUGCUUGGGCACUUUGUUGGUAGGCAUCUCAUUCGCCUUGCAGGCUUCUUCUCAAUCACAGUUGAAACCGAUACUGGCUUUGACGGGCUUACUGGUGUUUACAGGUUCUUUCUCUCUGGGAAUGGGGGCAAUACCAUGGGUUAUUAUGUCUGAGAUAUUUCCCAUCAACAUGAAAGGAUCUGCAGGAAGCCUCGUGACGUUAAUGAACUGGUUUGGUUCUUGGGUUUUAUCAUAUGUCUUCAAUUUUAUGAUGUCCUGGAGCUCAUCAGGUACAUUCUUCAUUUUUGCAUGCAUUUGUGGUCUUUCUGUUGUAUUUGUGAAGACGAUGGUGCCAGAAACCAAAGGAAGAACACUGGAAGAUAUACAGGCCUCGAUGAAUUCCUUCAAGUAGGAUUAAAAUCUGAAGUGAUCGAAAACUUUGAUUAAAUCGUGGACACACAUGAUCUUGUGGCAGAUUCAUGUCUUUCAUUGAAAUGUAGAACUUCUUGCAGAUUCACAUGAUGAAAUUUCCCCUUCAAAUUUGUUAGUCUUUCCUAGGUA